AUGGUUGUAAAUAACCCAAAUAAUUGGCAUUGGGUAGAUAAAAACUGUUUAACAUGGUCAAAAGAAUAUUUUGAAGAAAAUUUACUAGGAUUAGAUGCACAAGAUGAAACUAGUAAUGUACACAUAGUUGAUGUUUCAUCAGUUGAAGGUGACGUUGAUGUAUCUCAAAGAAAAGGGAAAGUCAUAUCGUUAUUUGAUUUAAAAAUCGUAUUAUCAUUCCAUGGAUAUAAUGAAAAAGACGAUGAUAUAUCUGGAUCAAUUACAAUUCCUGAAUUAGCUUAUGAUAGUGAAGAGAGUGAUUUAGUAUUUGAAAUUUCAGUUUAUAAUGAAAGUAGUGAGAAUACAGGUAUAACAACUUUAAUCAAACAAAAAUUGGUACCGCAAUUGAAAUCAAAACUAUUAAAAUUUGGACCUGAUUUAAUUGAAACUAAUGUUAGAGAUAUUCAAAUUGAAAAAGAUAAAGUUACAUCAACUUAUACUAAAGGAAACUUAUCACAAGCACCAGCACCUGCACAACAACCACAGCAAAAGAAAGAAGCCCCAAAACCAGUAGCAAAACCAACCACCACUGUCCCAAAAAAGGAAGAAUCAAAGACUAGCGGUACAUCUAAAAUUCCAAAAUAUAACACAACUACAUUACAUCUUGAGCCAUCUUUCAACACAUCUGCAGAACAAAUUUAUAUAACAUUAUUAGAUGAAUCAAGAAUUGCAGCAUGGACAAGAUCAUACCCAAUAAUAGAAAAAUUUCCACCAAAAGAAGGUUCAACUUUUAAAUUUUUUGGAGGAGCAGUUCAAGGGAAAUUUUUAAAACUCGUACGAAAUGAACAAAUUGUAGAAUUAUGGAGAUUACAAGAUUGGAAAGAAGGUCAUUAUGCUGAAUUAGAUAUGAAAUUAGUACAAAGUUCUGGAGAAACUAAAUUAGUGGUUAAAUUUUCAGGUAUACCUAUUGGAGAAGAAGAAAGAGUUAAAGAUAAUUUUGAAGAUAUGUAUAUUAGAUCUAUAAAAAUUACAUUUGGAUUUGGAGCUGUCUUAUAG